ACGUUCUCUCCUCCUUCGAGGAAUUCAACUCGUCAGAACGUUAACUAACGCGCACGCGAGUCGGAACGUGGGACCGCCGAGUAUACGCGUGUGAGAGGCGGAAAAACCCCCGCGUCCUACCUCAUCCCCGGGACCUGGCCCGCGCCGCACGUCGCCGCGGACCAGGGAGAGACGACGUCGUGCGCCUCGGAUAGUAGCGGCGCGGCGGCGAUCCGACGUGCUGCAAAGGCCCCCGCGUUUUAGUUCAAGAACCCUUUUUAUGUGCACACACACGCGCGCACACGUACGCGAACGUAUGUGUAUGCGCGCCGUGUACAUUUGUUUACAAAUUUUGUGCUUUCCUACCGCCGGCCGACAGGGAACCCCUGUAACGGUCCCCACGACGUCGCGAUCGCGGCAGCGUUCAGGCGGACGAUGUAGCGGCGCCCUGUUGUAGAUACACCGCUAAAGGGAUCACCUGUCCAACUUGUAUACACCCUGUGUGACUUUUUCAAGAUACGCCGAGGAUGAACAAGCGGCGUAGAACGUCGUCGGUGGCGAGCCGCGGCGCCGAGGACGACGGCGACGAUAUCCCGCCGGAGCCGACGAAGAGGAGGAAAAAAUUGGAUCCUAGCGACUUAUGCCAACAAUUGUACGAUAUACUUCGUAAUCAGAAGAAGGAGGACGGAUCCCUGCUGUGCGACGCGUUCAUACGUGUGCCGAAACGCAGGCAGGAGCCAGGUUACUACGAGGUUGUCUCCAAUCCUAUAGAUCUGUUGAAAGUGCAGCAAAAGCUCAAGACCGACGAGUAUCGCGAUAUGGACGACCUCGCUGCUGAUAUUCAGCUUAUGGUGAACAACGCCAAAGCUUUCUACAUGCGUACCUCCCCUGAAUACAAAGAUGCGACUGAACUGUGGGAAUUGUGUGUAAAUACUAAAAAUCGUAUUAUGGAAGAGUACGAAGAGCCAGAACCUAAAGGAAAACUCAUUCUAAAAGUUGGAAGAUUGGCGCGUAAGGUAACGACGCGGCAGGACGACGCGGAGGACACUUCGGAGAGUUCAACGAAUCUCGAUGAGGAAACUAUGCAGCAGUUUGAAGAUUUGUUCGCAGCAGUUAUGACGGCGACUGAUCCCACUGACAAUAACAGACCGCUUCAUCUUAUGUUUCAACUCAAACCAUCCAAGAAGCUCUAUCCGGAAUAUUACGACGUCAUCGAGACACCGAUCGACUUGAAGACCAUCGCGAGGAAGAUUCAGGAGGGUGCGUACAGCUCGCUCGGCGACAUGGAGAAAGAUCUAAUGCUCAUGUGCCGUAACGCCUGUCAAUUCAACGAGCCUGGCUCGCAAAUUUACAAGGAUGCCAAACUUCUGAAGAAGAUAAUCACCGCGGCCGCGAGAAGGCAGGACAGCGGGUUCGGCAGCAACGCCCUCAAGAUCGCUACGACCGCACCGUCGACGAGAAGCAAGAGGGGCAGUCGUACCAUGGCGCAAUCCUUAAUAGCGCAAACUGCGACGUUGCGUGAUGAAGAUGACGAGAGCGAUGAUGAGGAGGAAGAGCCUGCUGAGACUGAGGAAGCUGAUAAUCCACAAUGGCAACUGUUUCAAACCAUUCGGACAGCUCCUAAUAAUCAAGGUGUAAGGAUGAGCGAAUAUUUUUGGAAGCUUCCAUCAAAGAGAUUAUAUCCUGAUUACUAUAAGACGAUUAAGAAUCCUAUAUCUUUAUUACAAAUACGUACAAAAAUAAAGAGAGGUGAAUAUGGUACUGUUAGUGAAGUAGCUGGAGAUAUGAAUAUCAUGUUUGAAAAUGCUAAGAAAUAUAACAUGCAUACUUCUCGACUAUACAAGUGUGCUGCUAAAUUGCAAAAAAUAAUGCAAGAGAAAGUACAAGAACUCUUAGAAUUCGAUCAGGACUCCGAUUCGGACAGCGAAUCCGAGAACAGCUCGCAGCAGCCUAAAUUGAUUAAACGCGCUUCGAAUUUACUGACACGGGGGAAAUACAAAGACAAUAUACCGCUGAAGAAGCGAUUGUACGCAUUGGUCAAGUGUGUCAUAGAAUACGUUUGCGAGGACGGUCGGCAGCCCAUGUUAAUGUUUAUGGAGAAGCCUUCGAAAAAAUUGUACCCGGAUUACUAUCAAGUGAUAGCAGAGCCCAUAGACAUGCUUGCGAUCGAAGCCAAUAUCAAAGUGGAGAAGUAUCAAAAUGAGAACGAAUUAAUACAGGACUUUAAGUUGAUGUUUAACAAUUGCCGCCAAUAUAACGAGGAAGGCUCGUUGAUAUAUGAGGACGCCAAUACAUUGGAGAAAGUUUUGAUGGAUAAGGUGAAGGAGUUGGGACCCCUGCCGGACACUCCUAGGUCCAAGUCCUCCGCAUCAACCCCAACCAGAAACGUCGGGAGACCGAAAAAGAUAGUACCGCUUCAUCUGCAAAAGUUGCGUACCCUAUACGACACGAUAAAAGAUUACCACGACGCAAAGGGGAGGCAGCUGUCCCUAAUUUUCAUGAAAUUACCAAAUAAAAAUGAAUAUCCAGAUUAUUAUGAGGUGAUAAAGCAGCCUAUACACAUGGAGAAGAUAGCGUCCACUUUAAAGAAUAAUGGAUAUGACAAUUUGGACGAAUUGGUGUCCGAUUUUAUAUUAAUGUUUGACAACGCUUGCAAGUAUAACGAGCCGGACUCGCAAAUAUAUAAGGAUGCCUUGAUACUCCAGAGAUUGGUGCUGCAGAGCAAGCUGCAAUUGAGCGAGGACGAGGAGAGCGUGCCCGACGUGUCGGCUGCCGUACAGGAGAUACUGGCGACAAUAUUCACCGCCCUUUACAAUCACCAGGAUGAGGAGGGCAGGUGUUACUCCGACUCCAUGGCCGAGCUGCCGGAGCACGAUAUCGUCGACGGCAAGAAAGUACGGGGCCUGUCGUUGGAUUUGAUCAAGAGGAGAUUGGAUCGCGGGGUUUACAAGAGGCUGGAUCGAUUCCAAGAGGACGUUUUCACGUGCCUGGAGCGAGCGCGGAGACUGUCGCGCACGGACUCGCAGCCGUUUGAGGACAGCGUGGAGCUGCAGGCCUUCUUUCUACGUACCCGCGACGAGGUGACCCGCGGCGGGGAUCUGUUGCACUCACCCGCGUUAAACUACACGCUUCUCGACCUGUCCGGUCAGGUGGCGGAGCUUAAGAGAAUUAAGCAGCAACAGGAGUUGAAUUUGCCCAACGAGGACGAGAGUUGCGAUGGAAAUGAGACAAAGGACUCUGAAACGAAUACGAAUACGGACACGAACAAUACCGACAACGGGGGCUCUAUGAGCUUCAAUCAAGAAGUGUACAGGGCCGGUGACUUUACGUACAUUGAGCCUACCGAGAGAGGCAUGGAGUACAGCGUGGUUCUCAUAGAAAGGCUUUGGACCAAUGCGGAUGGCCAGCAAAUGUUGUACGGGAACUUGUUUUACAGGCCCAGCGAAACGUAUCACGUGGCGUCGCGGAAAUUCCUGGACAAGGAGUUAUUCAAGAGCGACGCUCACGUGGCGGUACCUCUGGCGAAAGUGGCCGGCAGAUGUUGCGUUCUGAGCGUGAAAGAUUACUUUCGAAUGCAGCCGGAAGGCUUCCAGGAGAAGGACGUCUACGUAUGCGAAUCGCGCUACUCCACCAAGGCCCGUGCGUUCAAGAAGAUCAAGGUCUGGAAUUUCGAUCCCGAUCACCUGUCAUUGGUGCCCCGGGAAAAGCCGUUGGAGCCGAAACGAGUGAUCUCGGUGUACAAAGAACGGCUGGAAAAGCACAAAGAGGAGAUCGCUGAGCUGGAGGAGGGGGAGAAGUUGAUGGAAAAGGAAAGACCUAAUGUGAUAUUGUACAAUCCAGAUGAUACCGAGAACACGUAUUACGAGCAGUACGGCACAUGCGCGGGAUCUGUGAAAACUGGCGAUUUCGUUUAUGUAGCGACAGACGGGGGUAGGCAGCAAAUAGCGCAAGUCGAUGCUAUAUGGUCAACCAAAGACGGGAAGUGUUAUUUCAAAGGCCCAUGGUUAUUGAUGCCUACGGAAGUGCCACAUACGCCUACGAAAUUAUUUUAUAAGCAAGAAUUGUUUUUAUCUACUGUAGAUGGUACUCAUCCCAUUGUAGCUAUUGUUGGAAAGUGUGCCGUCCUUGAUUACGGAGAGUACAUAUGCAGCAGACCGACGGAAAUACCGGAGGACGAUGUGUACAUUUGCGAAUCGCUUUACGACGAAAGUAAGAGCUUGAUGAAAAAACUCAGUCAGGAUGGUUUAAAGAAGUUCAAUCACACGUCGACGGUAACCGAGGACGAAAUCUACUUCUUCCGAAGGCCUAUUAAUCCCGCUAAAGUUUCGAGCGACCUGGCGCAGACGCAAAGUCAAGUCAAGUCCGUCACGCCCAGCUCGGCUCAAUUUGAAAUGGAAGCGUCACCAUUGUUACCGAAGCUGGAACCAGAUGUGCUAAGCAUGGGGGUAGGAUUAGGAGUGGGAGUGGGAGUAGGAGUUGGGGAAGACAGCAUGGAUGCUGGUGGUCCACCAUCCGUUGGAUCUACGGAAGCUCAACCGGUGCUCUCCAAUACUCAGACACCUGUGUCGACUAAGAAGAAAACGGCGGGUAAGAAAUUAGUUACGGGCUAUAUUUUGUAUUCGAGUAAAAUGCGAACGCAGAUUACACAAAACAAUCCUGAAUCGUCCUUCGGAGAGAUUAGCAGAAUUGUUGGCAACGAGUGGAGAAAAUUACCGGCGGGGGAGAAGCAAGCAUGGGAGGAACGGGCGAUUAAGAUGAACGAGGACGGCGGCCAGCUGAAGGGCACUACUACGGUGAACACGAACGCCACGCAGGACGUCGUGUACGAGUGUUGCUGGGACAAUUGCGACUGGCAGUUCGAGGACAUGACCGACUGCAUCGAUCACUGCAUCGCGGAGCAGAACGGUCACGUACAAUCGUCGUUCGUAAACGCUCCCAGUGAUGUGGAGUUUCAGUGCCAGUGGCGUGGUUGCGGCCGAACGAAGAAAUCUGUCCCGCCGUUCCCGAGCGUGCAGAGGCUCGCGAGACACGUGAAGGAGGUGCAUAUUCUCAAGUCGCACGGACGCAUAAUACCUCCGUCUGAGAGGAGCAGGAAUUACAUGCCCUCGAAGGGACCCACGGUACUGCCGCCGAUGGAAACAGAAACUUCAGCUGCCGCAACUCAGACGAGCAGUGUACCCGCCGCUAAGCAACCAGAGCCGAUGUUCGUCGCGGUACCACCGAGGCCGAGUCGCGUAUUGCAUUCGGACGCCUAUUUGAGGUACAUCGAAGGUCUAAACGUAGAGAAUCGCUACAUAUCAAAUUGGGAUAAGCAGAUGAACGCCAAUCCGGAUAAUACGCAGAUCCCCGACGUGACGAAGUUGCCGGCCGAGUGGCUCGGCAACGGCGUUGGGAACCAUGGGAAUGUGGUAAACGCUCUGUGGACACUCAGAAACAUGAUGAUGCGGGAUGUGUUAGCCAUCAAUAAAACUUUAUAGUUUAUAAACUGUUAAGAUUUAUAAUUUUUGAACGUGCGACGCAACCUAUAUACUACACAGACCCGUCGACGCUAGAAAGACUGACGGCACUCUCGAUCGUUUAAAGAAUAUCUAUAUGUAGAAUUUUUCUUCUCUUUUUUUUAAAUAAUUUUUCUUUAUUUAAUUAUAUAUAAUUAUAUAAGUUCGGUGAUAUGAUCUGAAAGUAUCUCUAGGCCACAGAUGUCUAACGUCCGGCCCACGGACCGGAUUCGGUCGGCGUGGUCUUUCAGUCCGACUCGCGACCGUAUUCCAAAAAUGAAAUUUAGACUACACUUUACUUGUAGUUUCUGGCUAAUGCAAUAACUUGAUAUAGUCUGGCCUGCGAGCAAUGGUCAAAAUUUAAAUCUUAUCUCGCGGUAGAAGCUAGUUGGGCAUCCGUGCUCUAGACAAUUCUGCAAAACUAUGUUAACUAUAUAUUCGAAAUUUAUUACUCAGGCAUAUAACGUUUUUUGUUUUAUUCUAUUGGCAAGAGAUUUUUUUUGCAAAUAAAAUGUUUACGCUUUUUUUUUAUUUGGAUUAAAUAAAAUUCUGUUUUAAGAUCAUUGUGUUUCGAUUAUGUGUUGCUUACGACUAAUACGAUGUGUGUACAUAAAAAGAUCAUACUAUAUAGAAGGCCAUCAUUGUGUAAAUACUCCUGUUAAUUUUCACUUUUCGAACAAAAUUUUAUAUGUUCUGUAUAGCGCAAGUAACACAUAUUCUUAUAUUUAAAAAAUAUGAAAGCUGAGAGAAAGAAAAAAAACUUCUUGUAUUAGAAACGUAAUGGGAAACUACGUAUGUAUAUAGAAACAAAUUUGCGGAGCAGCUGAUAACGCAACCGAUGUCGCGCUCUCUUAUCAGUGCUGCUUUCACAUACUGUCGCGAAGGUGAGAAGACAUAGUGAGAUUAAUCAAAUGAUUUAUUCGCUAUUGACCAAUAGCCGAAAAGGAAGGAAAGGAAAAAAAAAGAGGACGGAAUCCUGCAUCUCAUAUGCAACAACAAUGUAACCUCGUAGCAUAUAUUAUUUUUUAAGAAUUUUCGAUACGAUCGGAAGAAUUUUGAAGACGUACGUAACUGGCAAAUACAAAAUGAAAUUUUUUACUA